CAAACUGGAGUCUCCAAGACGAACUCGGUUGUUUUAAGAGUGUCGAUCAUACAAAGGCAACUUUAACGUGUUUACACGUGCUGUCUUUAUCGGUGCAUUGCUUCAGAUCAGUUAGCUAAGUAACGACGUUAGGCAGAACUGCAAUGACAUGACAUUGAAUCUGUUACCCACAUUACUAGAUAUUAAUAAACCCACAGUUAAAAGGUGGUAAUCUCAGGGAAACUACUGGCAAUCGCAAACAAAUGUCAGUUGAACUCGAUAUGUCACUUAUGGAAGCCCAUUCCCGCCACAAUUUUUUUUGUCGAUGCUAUCAAUUUCGAGAUACUCAAAAUUAAAAAUGUUGACGUACGAUCUAAAAAUGUAUGUAUACUAUUUCAAUAUUGAGACGCGUGAGUCAAACGUUUGAUAUACUAUAUAAAAAUGUUGAAUCAUGAUCAAAAAUGGUUGACUAUCGCAAAAUGUUAUAAGCAACAUAAUAGGAUUGUUUUUUUGUGUGUGUUUUUUUUUUCAUUGUGUGACAAUGUCCAUGUAUCGUUAUGUUGCAGAGGUCAGUAUUGGCCCAGCACUUUUGAUUUGGUUUAAUUGAAAUGUUGCCACAAACAUUGAAAAGCUGGACAACAAAUUAGCUUUGUUUAGACUGAUUUGCCACAAGAUCUGUCUACCUUUGCACAGAGCAUCUGUGCUUCAGUCUGAUCAGACGUUGAUCAAUGAGAUUUAUUUUAUGAACUUUUAUUCACCCACUCAAGCCAACAGUUAUUUUUUAAUUUCGGUACUAUCGAGUUUGAAAACUAUACUACUCUAAUAAUCAAAUAAAUGUCGACAUUGGCGUGAGGUUGAGACCACAUUGUGAUUGGAUUUGGCCAAAACACUCCAUGAAUUCAACAGGGAUUAUCGCCAAUCCAUGAAUUGUGUUGAGAAGUAUUAGCCGUUUUGUGACGUAGGCUUCUGUACAUUAAAUAAGGAUAAGAGCCUGAGCUAAGAAUAGGUUAACGAACGGUAUCAACUAAGACCUUUUUGAUGUUGCACACUCUUGAAAAGUACUUUGCACCAUGAGUACAAUUGUAUCUUCCAGACAUAGGGUCUAUACGACUGUUGGCUAUUGUCAUUCUGUGUAACGCAAUUAGAGCUGUAAUUUGGAACAGCAUUGUGUAAACCUUUGUCCAUGUAAAAACGUGUGUUGCGAAAGUCAAGAACGGUUUAAAUAAACGUAUUGCACCACAAAAUAGAUGCUUUAAAAAAAAGGCACUGUUGUAACAGACUUUGAUGCUUUUAACUUCUUAAGAAAGAUUUCAUGCCCUUCCACUGCCCCCCUUGUGGUCAGGUGCAUAUUUCAGGCAGGUUGACAUCACCUGUGGUAUUUCUGCCUCUGUAGCCUUUGAUUCGCCAAGACUCACACUUGAUGUAAAGUGGGAAAACAAAUAUUAGCUAGAGAAAGCAUUCCAAUGUCAUGUAAAAUGUCAUGAUUUGGCCUCCACUGUACAUAUAAUGAUGCUGCAAAGGGCACUCAUCCCCUUGUUUCCUUUCCUAUUCAUCGUUGACAUGAGGCUUGUUUGUCAGGAUUCUGUAUAGAACAUAAACUAUGUACCGUACAAGCAACACACCAUGACCUAAUUUAAAGAAGUGAAACAAAUAUGGUAAUAGUUUAUCAGUGCAUUGCUCUCUUCACCUGGUCCGGGAUGUCUUCCCCCCAGCUUUGAGAUCUGAGAUAUCUCAUUUAACAAAAAGACACUAAUGCAUUCCACAUGUACUGGAAUCUUCCAUUUAGUACUGCAUUGCAAUAUAAUGUCAUUCAAAUCAUACCAAUGGAACAUUUCAUUUCUCACCAUGUAUUUUCAGAAAUCAUUCUCCAUUAGCUGCUCUUCCAUCUUUAGUAAUAAUUCUUCCGUCUCAUUCAGGUUGAAGUCGAAUUCUUUAACCGGACUCGUCGACUGUCCGUUAAAAGGUCACCAAUCUAAAAGGUCACAACAACAAAAAUGUAUUGUUAAAGUCGUUUGUUUUAUUUUUUUUUUACUUCCAAAUAUUACAGCCUAAUUUCAAUAUCAUAAAAAAUAGUUGUCAUACUUGCUUCCGGCAUAGGAAAAGGACCUGAGCCUUUGCAGCGCUUUGGUGAGGGGGAUCUCAUCUGAAGAGGCAGGAGACCUCGGUCUCCCACUUGACCUGUCCUCGGAGCAUGAGGGCUCAAGAUUCUCUGCAGUAAAAUAUAUCAUGACAAUUCUUGGAACCAUGGAGUUGUUGUGUGCCCGUCUCAUGAGGAACCAACACCGUUGCCUACCUGCCUACCUGUCUAGAAGCUUUCAAACCUCCCAUUGCCGACAGAGACUAUCAACAACCAGGAGGACAUUACCUUCAACAGAACUCUACUCAACCAACACAUGUCGGAUUCUACGGCAGCCCGAAACCACAGACUCUGUCUGUCAACGUCAAUUGAGGCCAUCUUCAUCUCAGAGACAACUUUUCUCAUCUGAGAAUGUAAGAACAGUACUUUUCCCAGUGGGGACACCUAGACCUGACCCUGCUGUCCACUGUCUCCCUGUUAUAUGGCUGUCUAAGCAUGGACAGAACUUCUUCCAUACCUCUGCUCCUCACCGCGCCCUGCCUGCGCCUCUCAUAUGGCUGGUACUCAAACCCCUGCAGAAGAUAGUGGCUAUUAUACUGGGCAGGAGUAUCAGGAAGUGGUGGUUGGCCCUCCCGCCCAAUAAGCAGCAGCUCGUGCGUCAGAGGGUCUGGCGUCGCCGUUGGCAGCUGGUGGCCGGGGGUAUGGUUGCUAUGGUGAUCAUGGCAAGUUUCUUCCUGACUCAUCUGGAUGAGUCGCCCAUCACGGGACGCACACGCCUCCUAGUGUUCAGUAGAGAGAACUACAUGGAGCUGGCUGCAGUGACAGGAGAUGGGUACAUGGAGGAAUUUGCUGAGUUGAUGGUUUCAGAGAAGGACCCUCGUCACCAGGUGGUGGAGAGAGUGGUGGAGCACCUGGCCCAGAGGAACAAAGACAUCCCAGAGGUCUCCUCUGUUCCAUGGAGAGUCCACUUGGUCGACAGCCCUACCGUCAACGCUUUCGUACUGCCUAAUGGAAAGGUGUUUAUGUUCACUGGGAUGUUGGAGGCCGUUGCAGAUGUUCACCAGCUCACCUUCAUCCUGGGACAUGAGAUGGCCCACGCAGUGAUGGGACACUCUGCAGAGCAGGCCAGUAUGUCUCAUGUGGUAGACUUCCUGUCUCUGAUCCUGCUAACAGCCAUCUGGGCCGUGUGUCCUCGAGACAGCCUGGCUGUACUGGGACAGUGGAUACAGACUAAGCUCAUACAGUUCUUGUUUGAUCGUCCUUAUAGCAGGAAGUUGGAGGCAGAAGCUGAUCAGGUUGGACUCCAGCUGGCUGCCAAGGCAUGUGCUGAUGUGCGGGCAGGGCCAGUGUUCUGGCAGCAGAUGGAGAUCAGUGACCAGCUGAGAGGAGAACCUACAGUACCAGAGUGGCUCUCCACACACCCCUCUCACAGGAACAGAGUGGCACAGCUGGACCGGCUGGUCCCACAGUACCUGGAGUUGAGGGAGAGCUGUUCCUGUCCUGCCCUCCCUGCUACAGACCCCAGAGCUGUCUUCGCUCAGAGUGUCAAAGUGCUGCUGGAUGCUACUAGGGACCUGGAGGGAGAGGCGGGGAAGAGACUGAAACCACAAGCUCUGUCCCAGACCCCAACGUCAGACCACAGAAGGGCUCCACACCCAGGGGGACUGGCUACUGCCCUGCUCGCCUCCUCAGCCACAGGCUCACCUCCAGCCCUGACCCUAGACACUGCUACCCACCUCUAACCCCCGGGGCCACUACCCUCGCCCCCUGUCUUCCCAACCCCAGGCCUAGUUCCAGUCAGUGAUUGUAGCUCCUUGAUUGCUAAUUGACUGAUGUUUGUAAGGUCUUCUGGGCUUCUGUGGAAUUUGCUGCAAAAAGGUUUUGGGUAGCGGUUCUGUUUACUGCGUGUAAGAGGGUACAGGGAGAUGCUUUGAGUGUAUAGUGUGAAUACAUAGUAUCCUGUUUGAAUUGGAAGAUUUCAAGUGGGGACAUGCUGCACUCAAUGGCCUAAUGAGCAUAUACAGUGAGGUGCAAAAUGAUACACUCCCCUGAUAAAGAUGAGCAGUAAUGACUGUAUAAAAUAAAUAAAUUCAAAAUCAAACUUGACAUCCCGGCCCUAAAGAUUGACACCUCUAAAGUAAAGUAGUCAAACGUGUGUAUUUGGUCCCAUAUUCCUCCUAUCCUGUUCCUAUUCCUAUUCCUAUCACCCAAUGACUACAUCAAGCUUGUGACUCCACAAACUUGUUGGAUGCAUUUGCAGUUUGCUUUUGGUUGGGUUUAAGAUGAUUUAGAAUAUAUUUCCCGACACUUCUACAUUGAUGUACAUUCUACCAUGAUUACGGAUAAUCCUGAAUGAAGUGUGAAUAAUGAUGAGUGGGAAAGUUAAGAGGGUCUACGAUCAUACCCCCCCAACACAUGCUAACCUCUCACCAUCACCAAUAACAGAAGAGAUUCAACAAAUGAUUGUUCAAACUAUGGCUACAUGUCUUAGUGCAUAUGCAGAUCUAUACACACCUCACCGAAACUGACAACCAAUCAUUUAACAGGAUUUCCGAAAUCACGUUUGUAGGGAAUAUAAAAGUCUCAACAUCUCAACUUUACAGUAUAUAAAAUAGUAAAAGACUAGAUGGAGUUAUCCUCUCUUUCCAAAGACCACAACCUGGAAGUCAGUGAUAAGUUGUUUGUCCCAUCUCAGUGGUGUUGGUCUAAUACACAUGCUCAUGUGAUGUGUUUCUACAUGGACUGUUGUACAGCCAAAUUCCUCAACAGUAAGACAACACUUAACGCGUGAAAUUAACCUCCUUGAUUGACCAAAACUGGGAACAUAUAAAUAACAUUCUAACAACAUUGAGGAAAUGUCUUAGUCUCCCAGAUACAAACCAUGUAAGAAUGUCCUUCAGAAAGUACUCGUGCCUCUUGACUUAUUCACAUUUUGGUUCUCUGGGUAGACAGUGUGUAGGCACUGUGUCCUGUAUGUCACCUACUUUAUUUACCCUGUCGUGUCCAUCCAUCACCACCUGUUGCAAUGUGUUUUUGUGGUAAUGUGGCCAUCAAGUUCAUUUAAAUGAGUUUUAUGUCUCGCCCUGAAGGAAUGGUAUUGUGUUGUAUUUUAGUGUCAAAGAUCUUUGUGAAAUCAUAGAAAUGUGUAGUUUUGUACAAAUCAUGUACUGAACUAGCCAAAGAACAUAUUUUAUAUACUAGAAUGUACAUCUUAGAACCUGACAACCUAAAAAUUAAUGGGUUUUGAGGUAAAA